CGUUGCAGAUCUGCCGGUGCUGUUUUACAAAAAGAUGUCGAGGGAGAUAUUCUGCUGAGGUUGUUUUUACCUAAUUUGGAUUUCGGGGACAAUCAGCGAUAAUGUCGAGUCGCAAGUUUCUUCUUCUGCUGCUGCGGUUAGGUUGCCUUCUGGGCGAUGCGGUGGCGUUAAAGGAGCAGAAGUUCGCGAUGGAACCACAAGAUCAGACGGCCGUGGUGAACUCGAGGGUUACUUUGCCGUGUCGCGUGAUUGACAAGAGCGGCACCCUGCAAUGGACCAAGGACGAUUUCGGAUUGGGCACGCAUCGAAAUUUGAGCGGGUUUGAGCGCUACAGUAUGGUCGGGAGCGACGAAGAAGGAGAUUUUUCUCUGGAUAUUUAUCCCGUGAUGUUAGACGACGACGCCCGCUACCAGUGCCAAGUAUCGCCGGGUCCUCUAGGUCAACCUGGCAUUAGAAGUCACUUUGCCACCGUAACGGUAUUGGUACCGCCGGAUCCCCCGAAGAUAGUUCAGGGCGAUUAUCUAGUGACGACCGAGGAUCGAGAAAUCGAGUUGGAGUGCAUUAGCUACGGCGGAAAACCUGCGGCGGAAAUCACGUGGAUCGACGGACACGGAACGGUUUUGACGAACGGUAUCGAAUACCUCGUCGACGAACUUCCCGACGGUAGAAGAUUUACCGCGAAGUCCAUACUGAAACUCACCCCGCGCAAGGAGCACCACAACACCACCUUCACCUGCCAAGCGCAGAACACGGCCGAACGAACGCAUCAGUCCGCCAAGUUAAAACUGGAGGUGAAGUACGCUCCCAAGGUUACCGUGGCGAUUCUGUCGGGGGCGGCCUCGAACGGACGCCUUCCCGAAGGCGCGGAGAUACGCGUCGGAUGCCAGGCGGACGCGAAUCCGCCGGAGGUCACUUAUCGGUGGUUUCUGAACGACCAGGUUAUCGUCGGCGACUACACGACGGAGUUGGUGCUAACCAACGUUACCCGAAAAUAUCACGACGCCAUAGUCAAGUGCGAGGUCCAUAAUGUUGUCGGGAAGAGUGAAGAAAGCGAGACGCUCGACAUAAGCUAUGGUCCACAAUUUCGAGCGAAACCAAAAUCGGUACAGGCGGAUAGCGGUGGAAGCGUGACCUUAUCCUGCGACGUUGACGGCAACCCAUUCCCCGACAUAACUUGGCUGCACGAAGAUUCCUCGCGGAUCGUUAGUACGAGUCCCAAUCUCACGUUGCGCGUCGACACGGAUACCGCAGGCCGCUACUAUUGCAAGGCGUUCGUGCCCGGAUUUCCCGAAAUAGGCGCCGAGGCGGCGAUCUACCUGAAGGGACCUCCGUCGAUCAUAAGUCAUCGAACUCAAUUCGGCAUCGAAGGCGACAACGUGAGGGUGGAGUGCACGGCCUACUCGAUUCCGCCACCCGAACGAGUGAUCUGGACUUUUAACGGGCGCGAAGUGGACCUCCACGAUCAAGACUACUCGAUACUGGAGGAUCCGCUGCCCGAAGGCAUUAAAUCGACUUUGAUCAUACGCGAAUCCCAAGAGCGCCAUUUUGGGAUGUACAACUGCAGCGUGACGAACCCUUACGGUUCGGACGUCGUCGAAAUAAACCUAAUGCCACAAAUUGCUUUUACAGAAACCUUUCCAAUGUUGAUUUUCAUCAUCGGAUUCGUAGUGGCAGUUAUCAUCCUUAUCAUUGCGAUUUUGCUGAUAUUUUUGUGGCACAGGCAAAGCCACAAGAAACCGCCUCCGGAAACUGACGUUAACGUGAUUGAAAAGCAAUGCAAAGAAUCCGAUCGCAGCUCCAAUAUUUCCGACUUGAAGCUGGAUCUUCGAACGGGCUCCUCGCACAGUAACAUGCACUGCGACGACUACGUGCCGGGAGCCGACUCCGAAACCGGUAGCGAAUCUGUGAUUACAAGGAUCGGCGUUCCACUGGCUGGACCGGUCAACUUGCCAGGACAGGAGGUGUAUCGAUACUCGGCGGACUACACCGAGCCCACGUUUCCACCAAAGGAUGGCCAGAACAAUAACGGCUACGUCCCGUACGUCGACUACGCCAGAGACUACAACCCGCCAAUCAUGCAGCCUCCGAUCUCUUCAUCGCUGGACCCGAACCGGGAGAGUUUGCAAUCGACUCGCCUCCAACUAAACUCCCUACAAUCCCACAAUCAUCCAAUCUCAGUUAGCGGCUUGCCGCUUAGUGACCUCACGGACAUUCACAUGGUGAACGCGCCAAACAUUCCAAACGGCAAUCUACCAAACGUGGCCGCCAUCGAUCCACGAUUCAGUGCGACCUACGGCAACCCCUACCUGCGAAAUCCGAGCAUAGGCCUGCCGACGCCGAACACCGCAAACCCGGCGGCGACACCGGCGCCUCCGCCCUACUCCCGAGAUUCCUCUAGAAAUUUUGUGAAUGUCAGUGGCGUGGUGACAAACAGUGCUAGCGUGGUGAACCCAAUUUUCGCUAACAGCGCGAACGGCGCCGUCCCCCAGGUAUCUAGGUUACCCAAUUCACCUACGAGUCAAUACAUCGUGCCGAACUCGACGAUUAAACGCGGUACGAUGGCGACGCACGUAUAAUACAUUGUACAUAACUAGAUUUGCAGACUUAAUUGCAUAAUUAUUACGAAAAGACUGACUAAAUAUAUCAAUCGAUUUUUUCAAUACCCCAUUAGAUAUUAUUAUCAAAGUACUUUAAGAAAGUUUGUUUAUGGGAACGAGGAUGAUGGUACUGCGCCGAAAAACAAACAUGUCCUAUAUUGUAAAAUUUUUACGCUCGACAAUUAAAUUAAUUGACCGAAUUAUCUGAUUAAAAGUUAAUCAAAGAGUACUGUUACAUUAAUAAGCUUGAGUGUAGUUGUACAUAUCACGUUUUGGUAUCAAUCCCUAGGUACCAAAUUUUGCGAUGUCAAUUCUUAUAAAAUCAAUAUCGAUCUUAUUUUCUAUUUCUGACCGUUCCUUGAAUAAAAGAUAUCAAAUUUACAUAAUCGUAAUUAGAGUAAAUGUAGGUAUAAUUGCGUUCGGCUUGGAAUUGUUUAAAAGAUUUUUGAGACUCUACAAGAUAUAUUCGUGCAU